CCUCAACACCAAUAUCCCACGAGGACUCGACAAUGCGCUGAGAUGGUUGCACCUGGUAUCACUGGUCACACGCGACCUACUAAGGUCAAGAAACGAGAGAAUGUACAGAAGAGGAAGCGAGACGACGUUGAUGUCGAGAAGCUGGAGCAGGCAGUCAAAGACCUUAACCCCAAGAAUGGCUCCUACAAAGACUUCACCGACCUCCCCCUCUCCGACCCCACGAAACAAGGCCUCAAAUCCUCCCAUUUCGCCGUCAUGACCGAUAUUCAAAGCAAAGCCAUUCCUCUCGCGCUACAAGGCCACGAUAUACUCGGCGCAGCAAAGACCGGCAGCGGGAAGACGCUUUCGUUCAUUAUACCCGUGUUGGAAAACUUGUAUCGCUUGCAACACAUCGGUCCCGACGCAGGAUUAGGCGCACUGAUUCUAUCGCCGACUCGAGAGCUAGCGAUCCAAAUAUUCGAUGUCCUACGCAAAAUUGGAAAACAUGGGCAUAUGUUUGCAGCUGGUCUCUUGAUCGGAGGCAAGAGCUUAGAAGAUGAGCGACAAGCUUUAACGAAAAUGAACAUACUGGUCGCAACGCCAGGUAGAAUGCUGCAACAUUUGUCGCAGACCGCAGCAUUCAGUGUAGACGAUCUGAAGAUGCUGGUGCUAGAUGAGGCGGACCGAAUUCUCGAUAUGGGCUUCCAGCGAGAUGUUGAUGCCAUCGUCGAAUAUUUACCCAAGGAACGACAAACCCUUCUAUUCUCUGCGACGCAAUCGAGAAAAGUCUCCGAUCUGGCGCGCUUGAGUCUUCAGGAUCCCGAAUACGUGUCUGUGCAUGCUGAGGAUAAGAGCGCGACUCCGAAAGGACUUACGCAGAACUACAUCGUUUGUCCUAUCGAGGAAAAACUGGAUACCCUAUGGAGCUUCAUACAAGCGAGCAAGAAGUCAAAGAUCCUCUGCUUCUUCUCAUCUGCUAAAACUGUCCGGUUCGUCUACGAAUCCUUCCGCCAUAUGCAGCCUGGCAUACCAUUACUCCACAUCCAUGGGCGCCAGAAACAGGGCGCUCGUUUAGACACGACGGCGAAGUUCUCUUCGGCGAAACACUCAUGUCUCUUUGCCACAGAUGUCGCAGCCCGCGGUCUGGAUUUCCCAGCUGUGGACUUUGUUAUCCAGGUUGAUUGCCCAGAUGAUGUCGAUACCUAUAUUCACCGAGUUGGUAGAACUGCACGGUAUAACAGAGAAGGACGAGGCGUCUUGUUUCUAGCACCAAGUGAAGAGGAAGGUAUGCUGAAGCGACUCGAAGCCAAGAAGGUACCCGUUGAGGCUAUCAACGUCCGACAAAAGAAGCGCCAAUCGAUCAGGGAGCAGCUGCAAAACAUGUGCUUCCAAGAUCCCGCCUUGAAGUAUCUCGGUCAGAAGGCGUUUGUAACCCACGUCAAAUCGAUCUACCUCCAAAAGGAUAAGGAGGUCUUCAAGCUCAAAGAGUAUGACUUGGAAGCAUACGCGACGAGCCUAGGUCUACCAGGAACGCCAAGGAUCAAGUUCAUGAAAGGCGAUGACAGCAAACAGAAGAAACAAGCCUCGAGACAAACAAUCGAGGUAUCUGACUCAUCUGAAGCUGAGGAAGAGACCACAAAGAAGACGAAGCAAGUGCGGACAAAGUAUGACCGCAUGUUUGAGAGGCAAAACCAGGACGUCUUGGCCGACCACUACAAGAAGCUGGUCAAGGAUGGCUCGGGAGAUGCUGCUUCACCUGCUAACGAGUUCACCGGGGAGGCUACUGCUAACGACGGCGCUGACGACGACUUCAUGGCCGUCAAACGAAGAAUACUUGCCGAUGACGAGGAUGAAGAUUUCGGUGUUGAUGAUGAUACUUCAACCACACCAGGCGGUCGCAUCGUACACUUAGCAGGCGCCUCACAGCCCAUCGUUAUCGACAGCAACCGCCGUGAGAAACUCUUGACAUCCAAGAAGAAACUUCUCGCAUUUAUGGACAAAGGCAAGAAGCUCAUCUACGAUGAUGAUGGCAAUCCGCACGAAGUCUACGAGCUCGAAAAUGAGGCGCAGUUCAAGGCUAAGGGAUUACCUGAAGAGCAGCGGCAAAAGUUUAUCGAUGCUGCCAGAGAGGUUGUGCAAGAGGCCGAUGUGGAGGACAAAGCUGCUGCAAAGGCGAAGAGAAAGGAAAAGUUGCAGAAGAGAAAGGAGCGUGAGCGAAAUGAGAAGACCGAAAAUGCCGAGCAGGGUGUCGAAGUUGAGGAUGCUGGAGAAGAUCUAUUGGCGAACUUCAGGGCAGAUGCGGAGUUUAGCGAUGAGGAUGAGGCAGAUGAGCAACCGAAGAAGCAGAAGAAGAGGGAGAAGAAGUGGUUCGAGUCAGAUUCUGAAGACGAAGAGAAGAUUAAAAAGAAGAAGAAGAAGACCAAGCACGUGGUGGAAGAGCCAGAGACGCUGGAGGAUAUGGAGGCACUGGCCGCAGGGUUGCUGGGAUAGUUUGAGUGAGGGGCUCGGGAGGGUUCAGCUGAUGAAUAAUAGUUGGGAAGCACACACAAUGCUACAUUAUAUUCCUAUUGAUGUUAAGAUUCGGUCACG